CUGUUGUUCUGCAUGGGGAGAAUCGGGGUAGGAAAGGCUGAGGUGAUUCACACAUGAGUCAACAGCUAUCAGCUAUAUAAGCCUGACCACUCAUGGAGCCCGGGCAUCACACAGACAUCAGAUUGCAAAGGUGUUGAAGACCGCUCAACGCAAGAAGCAUGCAUUUUCCAGCUCUUCACUUCUCCUGCAUUUUGGGCGCGCUGAGUCUGGUGCACGCCAUCCCCGUUCAUCAGGACAUCCUAAUAAAAAACUUGGUCAAACUGCAGGCAGACACCAUCGUCCUCAGAAUCAAGGAUCACAAUGAGAAGCUGAAACUAUCCCCAAAGCUCCUCAUUGGCGAUCCAGACCUUUACCCUGAAGUUCCUGCUGAUAAACCUAUCCAAGGUCUCGGGUCUAUUGUGGACACCGUAACUACCUUCCAGAAGGUUCUUCAAAAGCUGCCCAAGGGGCAUGUGAGCCAGAUACGGAAUGAUUUGUCCACACUUCUGGGUUACCUAAAGGAUAGAAUGACAUCUAUGCGAUGCACACUUAAGGAGCCAGCUAACGAGAGGUCGCUAGACGCUUUCUUGGAGGACAACGCCACCCACCACGUUACUUUUGGGAAGCUAAAAAUCCCGCCGCGACGUCAUGGCAUGCCAAACAAUCUGUCCUUACUACGUAAGAUACGUACAAUCCGAUACCUGCACACAUUGCCAUGUCAUGUUUCAUGCCGUCUGCAGGAUGAUGUAAGCAUUUGCUGAGCAUGCUCGAUGAUGUCACUGUGUUUACCAGAAACGAGGUCAGACUCUGCUGGGAAGCUGGAAUCAUGUUCCCGUUUUACUUCUUGCUGCAACACCAGCAUUGUACACUCUCAGGCAAAAAGAUACAAAAGCGGUUACCGAGGCAGUACAUUUUCGAAAGUAAUAUACAUCAUUAGUUCAGGUUCUGUACCUUUAAGGUUCUUAUAUGCACCCUUUAGUGGUAAAUAAGGUAUAUCCGUACCAUUUGAAAGUGUACUGCUUCAGUGAUGGUUUCUGUACCUUUUUUUCUGCAAGCAUGGGAGGGGAUAACUCAUAUUUUCCUACACAGUAUAUGAAUCUAUGCACUUUGAAUAUCCCGACUAUUGUUAGUUUUGUAUUUUGUGUAUUGAUGCCAUUGAUCUUUUUUAAUAAAAUGUUACCAAUAAAAGAAAUUCUAAAUUA